AUGGUACAAGUGUUGUCUCCCUUGUUCCUGCACUCUAUACUGAAAAAGGUAAACUCGCAGUCUCCUCAAAUUCUCAAUUUUCCUCACCCAAUAACCAUGUACAUGUCUGAAAAACCUCAACAACAAGCCAUAGAUUUCUACAACAAACAAGAAACCAACCAGAACAGCAUGAUCGUCCAAGUCCCUCCUUCUCACCAUCUCAUCACCAAUGGCGGUGACACCGCCGCCGCCGGUAGCGGUGGAGGGGAGGAAAACGUAAUUAAUGAAAAUUCAGCCAACCCAUCAUUCUCUUAUGACCCAAAAUCGACUGCCCCCAAGAAAAGGGCCGAGACUUGGGUCCAAGAAGAGACAAGGUCCCUCAUAUCCCUUCGCCGAGAAAUCGAUUCGGCUUUCAACACCUCGAAAUCGAAUAAGCAUUUGUGGGACCAGAUUUCGAUGAAAAUGAGGGAGAGGGGGUUCGAUAGAUCCCCCACUAUGUGCACCGACAAGUGGAGGAAUUUAUUGAAGGAGUUCAAGAAAGCUAAGCAGAAUCAAGAUAGUAAUGGAAAUGGUUCUGCGAAGAUGUCUUAUUACAAGGACAUUGAGGAGAUUUUGAGGGACAGGAGCAAGAUUGAAGCUAAUUACAAGAGUCCAACACCUCCUAAUGCUGCUGCUGCUGCUGGCGGUUCGAAAGUUGAAUCCUUUUUGCAAUUCGCUGAAAAAGGUCUUGAUGACUCCGGUAUUGCUUUUGGACCUGUGGAAGCUAAUGGCAGGUCAACUGUCAAUUUAGAAAGACGUUCAGAUCUUGACGGGCAUCCUCUUGCUAUCACUGCAGCUGAUGCCGUUGGAGCAAGUGGAGUUUCUCCUUGGAACUGGAGAGAAACUUCUGGAAAUGGUGAACAAAGUCACUCGUAUGAUGGAAGGGUGAUAACGGUGAAAUUGGGAGAUUACACAAAGAGAUUAGGGAUCGAUGGCACUGCAGAUGCCAUCAAGGAAGCCAUCAAAUCUACUUUUAGGUUGAGGACAAAGCGUGCGUUUUGGUUGGAAGAUGAAGAUAAUGUAGUCCGAACACUUGACAGAGAUAUGCCCUUGGGAAACUACACUCUUCAUGUCGAUGAAGGCCUGACAAUAAAACUAUGUCUGUACGAGGAGUCGGAUCACUUGCCAGUUCACACAGAGGACAAAACUUUUUACAGUGAAGAUGAUUUUCGCGAUUUCUUGUCCCGUCGUGGCUGGACAUGUUUAAGAGAGUACAAUGGGUACCGGAAUAUUGAUAGCAUGGACGAGCUCUGCCCUGGAUCUGUAUACCGGGGUAUCAAUUGA